AUGGGUCGCCAAAUAUCCCACGGCCGAGGAGGCGCAGGCAACAUCUACUCCAAAGAACACAAAGAACAACCCGCAUCACACAAAGACUUCGUGACCCCCACCAUCAAACAAGACGUCUACACCACCGGCCGCGGCGGGUCGGGGAAUAUGGUAUACAACGACCCGGAGCGCCCGGAAAUUGCGCGCGAAAGUCAGGACGUCGAGACGCCGCCGCUGCGAGUUGAGGAGGCGCCGCAUCAUACUGGGAGGGGUGGUGCCGCGAAUGCGUACGUCCCCUCGGCAGACGAAGAGAAGCUGGUGCGUGAGCAGGAGGAGGAACAGUUGCGGCGGGUCUAUACAGCUUCGAGGGAUCGGUUGAAGGAUGUGCUUGAGUCGCAGGAGGAGAGGCAGUCGGAUGCGGCAUCGAAGUAA